GUUAUCGUGUUUUUCCGUCGACACGAAUAAUGGCGGGAGCCCCCCCACGAAGUAAGAGGAAAGUUAUGAGUGAGGUUUUAUUCGCCGCUACCAGACAUUAUUACCCUGGAACGCACUCGAUUCGCCAUAUUGGGACUUGUUAUUCUGGCAACAUCGCUCUCGAUGCGGACAGACUUAACAGGCACGAAUCGACUCCGAAGGUAUGUCGUGACAGAUUUGUAUGACAAAGCAAGAUGUCCUCCAAGACCUCCAUAGAGCAUAAUUAUGGCCAACAAUCGUGUCGACCCCUUCAUAUUCAACGUCUUGAAAAGGCCCUCGGUUUGGAGUCUUUCCUGGCCUAUGUAACUAAAGUUCUUGAUACCCCAAUAAAUGAUGACAGUGAUGAUGAUUUUCUUGAUCGGUUAGAUGGUUUUAAGUCAUCCCAAAAUGGCAGUGAUGGUAAUAAUCUGGUUAAUGGAAUCACCAUAACAAAAGCAGAAAGAAAAACUGACAAAAUGGGGCUGUAUAACUUCAGCAAAGUGAAGAAGAGCCGUAAAUGGCUGAAGAACAUUUUACUAAGUGACAGUUCCUCUGAUGAAGAUACAGAUUCUGGUUCAAUAACAGAUGAAGAUUUUCAAAUGAUGCUUAAAUUACACAAAUAUCAAAAGAAACAUCAACAACUGUUUUACCGAGAUCCAGAUUUACACCAGUACCGUUACUAUAGUACAGGUCUCAUGUCAAGCUAUGACCGCUAUUAUGACCAUCAGAAAUUAAUCCUGGGACCCAAGAAAAGAAUCUCUAGAGAACAGAAAAAAAUAGAAAAGAAAAUGAAAGCAAAGUUAAGAAAGUUAAAAAGAGCAUUAGAAAAUGGUGAUAGUGAAAAUGGUUCCUUUGAUGCCUCUUUGUCAGAAGCAUAUCCUCAUCCAAAGCAGUUACAUGGAAAAAGCAAGCAAAACAAGAAAUUAACACCAGAGCAAGCUGAUACAAAACGUCGGAAAAUAUGGUUGUCUAUAGCUAAAAAAGAAAUACCCAAGGCCCAGAAACAAAAAGCUUCAGCUCGAAAGGAAAUGUUAUCAACUCUAAAGAAAAUCUCUCAGCAGUGCAUGAAGGACUGUCGACGAGCUGCUUUGCAAUCACAAAAGGUAAUGAAGGAAACGCCCCAGAGGGCAAAGCGAUUAACUAGAGAAAUGCAGAUCUAUUGGAAACGGUUUGAGAAGGUUGAAAAAGAACAUCGCAAAAGAGCUGAGAAGGAAGCCCAAGAACAACGAAAGAUGGAUUUGGAACUACGUGAGGCUCGUCGACAACAACGCAAGUUGAACUUUUUGAUCACUCAGACGGAACUCUAUGCACACUUCAUGGCCAGAAAAAUGACUGGUGAGACUGAGGCAGCAAAAGAGAAAAUAUUGCGAAAAUUAGAUGAGCCAAAUUAUCAGAAGCCAUUAAAAGUAGAGGGUGGCUUACUCGUUGAUGUGGAAGAAGAUGAUUAUGAUUCAAUCGAAAUGAAGAAUCUUGCUUUACAGAGAGCAGAAGAUGCAUAUUUAGCUCACCAGAUGAAGAAACGUGCAUUUGAUGAUGAAAUGUUCCUAAGAAGAUCUGGUGGGAAUACUUUAGGUUUCACAUCAGAUAUACUGGACUCCAGUUUAGCAAAUCCUGCCAUCAGCACGGCCGUUGAACGAUCACAACCUGAAAUAUUUGAAGGAAAAUUAAAAUGCUAUCAACUCAAAGGUAUGAACUGGCUAGCCAACCUUUAUGACCAAGGUAUUAACGGUAUCUUGGCUGAUGAAAUGGGACUUGGUAAAACUGUCCAGAGUUUAGCAUUUCUUGCUCAUCUGUCUGAGUCACAAAGUAUCUGGGGGCCAUUCCUUAUUAUUGCUCCAGCUUCAACAUUACAUAAUUGGCAACAAGAAUGUGCACGAUUUGUUCCGAAAUUCAAGGUUGUUCCAUAUUGGGGCAAUACACAAGAUCGUCGCAUCUUGCGUAAGUUUUGGGAUCAAAAGUGUCUACAUACUGAAGAGGCCUCAUUCCAUGUUGUAAUUACUAGUUAUCAGUUAGUUAUUCAAGAUGUUAAGUACUUCCAGCGAAUCAAAUGGCAGUAUAUGGUGCUUGAUGAAGCACAAGCUAUUAAAAGUAGUUCCAGUGCCCGAUGGAAAACACUGCUUGGCUUCAAUUGCAGAAAUCGUUUGCUCCUCACAGGAACACCCAUUCAAAACAGUAUGGGAGAGCUCUGGGCCCUUCUCCAUUUUAUCAUGCCUACUCUUUUUGAUUCUCACGAGGAAUUUAAUGAAUGGUUCUCCAAAGACAUUGAAAGUCAUGUUGAAAGGCAGUCAGGAAUUGAUGAAAAUCAGCUCUCACGAUUACACAUGAUAUUAAAGCCCUUUAUGUUACGACGUGUUAAAAAAGAUGUUGAGAAUGAAUUAUCAGACAAGAUUGAGAUCUUAGUGUACUGCCCAUUGACCACACGACAAAGGUUACUCUAUCAAGGUGUAAAGAAUAAGAUCUCAAUUGAUGACCUUCUCCAUAGUUCUACAGCCAGUUCUUCUCAAGCACAGUCAACAACAAGCAGUCUAAUGAAUCUGGUCAUGCAAUUCAGAAAGGUUUGCAAUCAUCCAGAGUUGUUUGAGAGACGAGAAGUUCGGUCACCAUUUGUUUUCAAACCAGAAGCUUAUUUCAUUCCUAAACUGAUUUACCGGCAUGGAAUUCUUCACAGAUCAUUAGCAGCAAAAAUGAAGAUUUUACACAACAAAUUGUACAUACAUUGUUCCCAUUACAUUCACAAAUCUCUCCACAGUUCUUCCUCAGGAUCAUCUGUAAAUAGUCUCUUUUCAUUCAUCCGUUUCACCGAUAUGAGUCCUCAGCAACUUGAAAAUCAAAUGUGUGGUAGCCUUUUAGCCCGGUGGUUGGCUGUGUUUCUGUGUCUGAAAUCUGCUUACAGGAUUUAUGCAGAACAGUACUCUCAUUCAUUUACUAAAACUCCUAAAUCAAAAAAUUCAGACCUUUUCUUGUUGGCUCCACUUAGAACUGUUUUUUAUCCUAAUUUGAGUGCCAGUGAAAACCUUCAAAAAUUUGUAUUUAGCAGCUACCUCAGUCAGGUGUAUAGUCAUACGACACAUGUCAUUCACUACAUGCCAGAAACAGUGGGUCAUAGAUUAAUACGAUACAAAGCUCAAAGACUAAGUAUUCAAAAGAAGUCUCCUAAAAGCCCAACAGUCUCACCAAUUAAAAAACCAGCCUUAAAUGUUGAUGUCAAUGACUUACCUGUUCAUCCACACCGAAUGAGACGGCCAUAUGUUUUCCACUGCCAACCAACUUGUAUGCCUACUUUCUUGACAAAAUUAAUACCAAAAAUGCAAGUUCUCCCUGCAGGUUGGUACUCUGUUGAUCGCAGUGCUGCCUGGGAUAGACAAAGAGAACUUGAUUGUGAUACACUUUCAUUUAAACUAUGUCUCAAAUUUGGAAUUGAAGACACUCCUUACAGAACAAGAUCAAAAGCUUAUUUCGUACCCCCUGAAAGGGCAGGUCUGUUUGCAUCUUAUCCUCAACAUGGUUGGUCUGGCAUACUGGUUCCAGACAAAGAAACAUUGGUGACAGAUGCUGGCAAGCUUACUGUAUUGGAUUCAUUGUUACACAGAUUAAAGAAAGACGGUCAUCGAGUAUUGAUAUAUUCACAAAUGACACGUAUGAUUGACCUGUUAGAGGAAUAUAUGUGGCACCGUAAGCAUACAUAUAUGAGGCUAGAUGGCUCAUCAAAAAUAUCUGAGAGAAGAGAUAUGGUUGCUGAUUUCCAAAACCGAUCUGACAUAUUUGUAUUUCUUUUGAGUACAAGAGCAGGAGGGCUUGGCAUUAACCUCACUGCUGCUGAUACUGUGAUAUUUUACGACAGUGACUGGAACCCCACUGUAGACCAACAAGCUAUGGAUCGAGCUCACCGCCUCGGACAGACUAAGCAGGUCACUGUCUAUCGUCUCAUCUGCAAAGGAACUAUUGAAGAACGCAUUCUCCAAAGAGCCAAAGAGAAAAGUGAGAUACAACGUAUGGUAAUCAGUGGAGGAAACUUCCGUCCAGAUACACUGAAACCAAAAGAAGUUGUUUCCUUAUUGAUUGAUGAUGAUGAAAUGGAAACAAAAUUAAUUCUUUCAGUGAAACAACGUCAAGAAGAAAAGCGUUUUCGUGAGAAGGAGACUAAAGAACGAAAACGCAAGCGAGAAAAACUUACUGAAAAGACGAAAGAUGUUAAACGCCUCAAAACAGAAGAUAAUGUUGUAAUUCCUGUCCCAGAUACUGAUUCUGUUGCAAGCUUUGAUUCUAUGUCCGUUCCUGCCAGUCCACAGAGUGAGAUGUCAGUUGGCAGUGAAUUCAACCAACCAUCAAGUAACCUUGUGAUAGAUGAUAACAGUAAUGAUGCCCCUCUUGUAGUUGAUGAUGCACAUACAUCUUUCCCCCCACUGGCUCCAAUUCCAACACCAACAAAAAGAGGAACAGGCCGUAGUCGUGGUCGACCAAAAGGUUCAGGAGUUGGACGACGCCCACGUGGACGAGGCACUGCAAAGAAAGCUUUAUCUGCUGCUGAAAUCGCUGGUGCACAAGCUGGCAUGACUGCAGCAUAUGCUGCUUAUGGCUAUAAUUUCACAGGCCAGGCAAAAGGUGUUCGAGGGAGAGGAUUAGCUCAUUCAGCCAAUAGCACACCAAAUGUUUCUCCAAAAUCUCUAAUGAGGAAUGGAACACCAUAAUUGAAUGCUCAAUCAUCAGCUUCCCUUCCCUUUGGUGAUCUUACAUGAGCCAGGCUGAGUUUUGUCAAUAGCUGACAACCAUUGGACAUAGGAGCUUGACUUGAUGGCCUCUGUCAACUCGUGUCACUCAGUUCAUGGACGACUUGAUCAUUGAAUCAAGUGUAUUUGAGACAACAGUGUCAGUGAUUUCAAGUCGAGAGGAAAACAAAUUGAGUAAAAAGAAAGAAAAAAAAAACCACUGGCUAAAAGUAAGCUUUAAUUAACCAGACAACAUGAUGGUUUACUUCAACCAUGAUCUAAUGGUAGUUACUGCUUUUCUAUUUAUUUUCUUCUUAAAUACUAUGGAUUCUUUCAGUUUGUCAACUAAUAAUACCUUAGUUAUCCUUCUAUUACAAAUAGGUAUAGCAUAAAGAAAUAUAGUUUCAGAAUAUUAGUCAUAGUCUUUUCUUUUAUUUUUGUCUCUUUUCUCAUGAUCCUAUCCCCAACCUCUCUCUCUUUUUGGGAAUCUAUGUGUUAAAUAAAGAGGCUAAGCAGUAAUGUAAUGAGGCCUUAAAUGUGCAGCAUUUAUCAAAGCUAUAAUGGUUUGUCUAUUGAACACAAGAGAAAUGUUUGAGUAUAAAUGCACUCACAGAAGGAUUUCCAAAAUGCUAUUUCUUACUCUAUUUAAAUUAUUACUUUAGCUCUUAUAAAAAUAGUUUUAGGGAGAAAUGAGUUUUUAUUUUUAUACUUUGUUAAUUGGCAUUAAAAUCUGAAUUGGUUUUUAUAUUUAUUUUCUUAUCAAUUCUUUGAAUUGAUAUAAUGUUGAUUUUUCUAUUGGUAUUGGUAAAUUCCUGAGACUGUAUCAGUUUCAACUGUUUGUGACAAAUAUUCCUUCAAUUUUAUAUUAAUUUGUUAUGAGCUGACACAUAAGUAGUGUGAUUAAUUGACCUGAAAUGAAAUUAAAGUUUUACACACACAUGCGUACGUACACACACACACACACAGUCAAAAUAUUCUUACCUUUAUUCUGAAGAUAAUUUCAGCUGUGACAAAAACAAUUUUGGUGAGUAGUUUUCCUGAAGAACACUUCAUCGAAUUUAGAGCUUGAAGUUUUUUGGGGGUUUUAGGGGGAUUUUUUUUUCUACCAGAAUGCUCUCAUGUUAAAAGAUAAACUUAGUUUUAACUUUUUAACUUUUUUUAUUGUUCAAUCCACUUAGAUUAAACAGUGAAAGAGUUCACCAUUCUAUGAUUAUAUAUUGUAAGGAUUUUGAUGUAAAUCAGUUGAUUAUACUGUCAUAUGCUGAGAAGAGAACUGUGAAAGCAGCACUUAGCUAAUUAAUUGCAGGGCUUAAUUUCUUGCAAUAAAAAAAAUAAUAAUAAAGGAAGUAAAGAUGUUUGUGAAAAAUAAAAUGAAACUUUUUGAAGGGAACCAAAUCAGGUGUGUAACAAUUUGCUAUAUGUUCAUUCAUUAAAUGUGAAGAGUGAGAGGAACAAAUAUGGAAAAAGUCAAAUUAAAUAAAGUGCUCAACCACACACACUCACACAUGCAGGAGUAAUUGAAAAAGGAAAUAUGAAAAUACUGGUAAAGCAUUCAUAAUGUAAUAAAAUCUGUUUAGUAGAUAGGAAUAUACAUGAUCACAUCCAAGUAUAUUGGUCAUUUUAAACAACUUCAUACUGAUGGAUGAAUCUUGUUAGCAACAUCUAGCCAUACCAACUUGUAAACUCAUCUUAGGAUUUGUGUUAGAAUUAGGAAAAAAUUAUGAAAGGAGAAACAAUUACGGAUUGAUUAAAUGGUUUUUUGACAGUUGUGAAUUCAUAUUCCAGUAUAGGCACUAUAAUAUAUUCUUGACCAAUUAAAUUUGCUUCAGUUCACUUGAUAAAGUUGAUUGCAUUUAUGUAAACCUGGUAUCAUAACAGAAGUAAAAUAACUAUCAUAUUUUUACAAGGUGGAAGUUUGUUUCCUGUUUCCAAAGUAUUGUUGAUAUCAGAAAAUAUGCACCACCAAUAUAUCUGUUAACAGGAGGGUUUUAUUUUACACUGGGAGUAAAGUGUUGACCUUAAGUAAUAUUUAGUUAAUUUGCAUAUUAACCAAAGAUUCCAAGUCAUCACUUUACUACUAUGCAACAUGUUUUAACAAGGUAAAAACAUCGAUGACACCUAUUUGAAGACAGGUGACAAAUUUUAAAGAUUGACUAUGUGAAGACUACAAUCAUUAAAAACAAAAAGUGUUUGUAAGAGAAAACUGGAGUGAUAGGGUAAGUCUGUCGAAAAAGUCAAGUUGACUGCUGGGAACAAAGACUUUCACUGACAUAAGUUGAUAGCUGUUUAUUAUAUAUCAACUGAUACUUUACUGUACAACUGCUUUCAUAGUGUACAAUUGUCAAGUUUUGCCUAGUUUAGUUUAGAGAGAAACAAUGUAAAAUUACGUAUAAAUAAAAUAUGGUGCAAUAUUGCAGUGCAGCAGGAAUGUCACUCACUUGUUCAUUGCUAAUGAGGUGCUGUUAAAUAUUGUCCUUGCAGUGCAGGGGAUAGCAUUUUUGAUUUCUAAUCUAUAACUUCCCACAAAAAGAUAACAAAAAUUUGCUCUGUUUUCUGUUGUAUUUGCAUACAAUGAUAAUGAAUUGAAUAAUCUAAUUCUUUUACAUGAUAACAUUUACAAACAAUAAUUCAUUUUGCUUCAGUGUAUAUAAAAUUAUUAUAAUUUGUUAUAAAGGUUGUUUUGACUACUAAAAAAACUCUAAUAUAAAUAUAUAAUCUUUAAAUUUACAAUUUUUCUUAGUUUCAAUUACAAUUCUAAAGUGGAAUCACUAGUUGGUGAAUUUCAGAAUUCUCCCUGGAAUGUAUAAGUUUUUUUAUGUCAAUAAAAUAGUUCACAUAUACAGAGUUUCAUAAAUUCCCCUUUGUAAACUGAACAUAAAGGAUGCUUUAUGAAGGAAUGAAUUAUAGCCAGAACAGCAAUGAAAUAUUCUCCUCAUUCUAAUAUCUUGUCUCAGUUACAGCAAUAAUAAUUAUGGUUCAAAUAAUUCAAUAGACACACUGAAUACCUUUUUCUUAGACAUGUUUCUAAACAUUCCCUUUUUUUUUUUUUUUUUUUCUGUCACAAUAAAUCUUAUAAUUUUCUGCAGUCUUUAUAACUGCCACAGACCAUGUAUAUUUCCAUUCAAUUCUACCCUCACCAAAAUUUAAAAACCUUUAAUGCAUUAAACUUAUUCUUUCGUUUGAUUUAAUUUUUUUUAAUCUAUUUAAAUAAUUUAUUUGUGCAAUGCUCUUAUCACAUUUCUUAUUAUUUUUCUUCUCAAACAGAAAAUAUAUUUUACUAUUUGCCAAGAUUGUACCUCAUUUCCAUUAUAAACUGUUUUCCUCUUUCUCACUUUUAUAUUCUCUCCAUAGACAAUUUACUGCUUUGUCUACUGCACAUCAUGGUACUGACCAAAUGUUUAAAUUGGUUUUUAUAUAAUUAUAGUAAAAAGAAAAUUCAAAGCUAAUUGGAGACUGUCCCUGUUAAUUAAAUAUUACCCACCACCAUAUUCAUUUUCCCUACUCAUAUUUUUCCCAUAUCUGCAUAUGAUACACACUAAAUUUUCUCUUCCAAAUCACACAUACACUAUAUAUAUAUAUAUAUAUACAUAUAUAUAAAAUGAAAAAAAAAUUCAGAACAUAAUUCUGUCUGUUGCUUUCUGUGACACGUUUUGUACAAAGUUAACCAUCUUUCUUCAUGUUGGAAUGUUCACUUAUAAAGAAAUAUAAAAAAAAGGAAAAGGAAAAAUAGCACAUAUGGGAAUGGCAAAGAAAUGGGUAAAAAUUUUUAAAUUUCACUUUGUUCUUGUUGGUUGUAAAGGAAAAAAAUGCAUUAAAAAUUAGUGACAUCUAGAUAUAAAACCACUAAUAAAAUCCUGCCUAUUUUUACAAUU